GGACCAUAUAAAUACACACUGAGCUGUGGGGACUGAGCUGUGGGGAGUUGAGCACGGAACACAAACAGCACCGCGUGCUGCCGGAAUCGAAAGCGCUGCGACCCAUAGGCCAAGCACAUACUCAUGAGUGGAAUUCGAGCCCUCACCCACCAGGACAAAAGUAGACCAGCGGGUGCGGUUCGUGCCCUGGAGCCGACCGACAAGGACGAGGAGGACGAGAUUCCUAACGACGAGGUGGAGUUGCUGAUCGUCCAAGCCUGGAGAACAAACACGGGGGAAAAAUUGUUGGGGCUACUAUUCGGGAAGGUCGGGGAUGGCCAUCUGGAGCCAAUCACGAACGAGGUCCUGGUGUUCCUGGCCCAGCUCCUAGACAAUCUGCCCUUGGAUAUCAUUUCGCGUUGUGACAAGAGGGUCACGGUAGCGACGCUUACCCGUACAUUGGUAUCGCAUUUACUGUGGUCCAUGUGUACGGAGCUUGACGGUGACAAUUGCUACUACCCCUCCUCAGGCCACUACGUGGCCAUCGACGUGAGCGAUCUCACCUUGUGGGAUCCGAUCAUCCGAAGAGUGGAGGUGGAAGGGGUAGCUGACGACGCGGAGGAAGAGAGAGAAGGGGAACGCGAAGAGGAAGAAGACGAAGACUCGGAGGCAGAGACCGACAAUCCCGAUUACCACGAGUCGGAGGAGAUUGGGUUGGGAAGGAGUGGAUCGGGCAAAUCAGACAGCCCCAGCGAGCAGAGCAAGGAAGAGGACGAGGUGGCAGCCCAGAGGAGACGAGAGAGGGCGGAAGGAAAGCGGUCAACAAAGGAAUUGGACGGGCUAGCAACGCGGCUGACACAAGGUGAUCCGGCGCGCAAUCCAAAGCCGCCGCAUGAGGAAUCCGGAGGAAAUGGCGUCACCACCGCGGACGGAUUUAGAAGCAGACGCCACAAAAGAAGUCCAGCGCUGGCUUAAUCCCCUUCACCUCCGCUGUCGGCCCGAAUACCCUUACAAGGGUAUUUUGGCACAUUUUUGCA